AGAUUUGCACCGCAGCACCCCCUUGUGGACGCGUGUGGGAAAGGCGACGGGCGGUAUGAGGAAUACGCCGCUGCUAGCUGUAGCAACAAACACAAACACGGACUCAAAUUCAUUUCCCUUCGCCGCUGGCUCCUCCGAGGCACGGAGAGGACUUUAUUUCAGCUCCAAGCUUCCUUUUGUACGCCUCGAGCCCACCUAGAGGCGCGCUGGGAAGAACCGAGCCUCGCUGAGCGCCGAGCAGAGCCCCCGCGGCCUGCUUCUCGAGCCCACUUUCCGGUGUAGCUCCGGCGGCCAGCGCUGUCACGAGAGCCCGAGGCUUCCGGUCCCCUCGGCUUUUCCGCCGCAACCGAAGCGGAGAAGUCGCGAAAUUCUUCCUUCCCGAACCCGUAACGCUCCGGGACCGACUGUGAGCUCGUCGGCUGCCGGGCGGUGCUCUUCCUGUCCGCGGGGGAGCUAUUUGGCGACGCCACGGCCUCCUGGUUUGUUGUGGGCCGCCAUGAAUCUCGGCGAACAAUAACAAGACGCGGAAGCCGACCGGUCCGGAGAGCGGUACCGAGCACGAGGUUGCGUGACAGCAGCACGGCGGCUACUUUUGGAACCGGGGUACUAUGGAAGUAUCGCGGGGCGGCCGCAGCAAACCGGGUCAUUUUUUUCCACCAAAGUCCCCUUGCGAGAGCCCCCUCUGAGCGGCUCUGAAGUGACGUUCAGGCUCCGGUGCGCACACUAUGCUCCACCGAACCGAACCGGGACCUGCUUGUGAACUGCUCGGCACCGAGGAUGGAUUUUGGACGGGUGUGAGGAACGCGUGAUUGAGACGCGGAUGUUGUCUCCGAAGCCGCCAGAGUCCAUUCGCUCCGCGUUGUGUUUGUGUUUCCCGGACACUUUGUCGCUGUUUUGAACGCAUCGUCGGAACCGAGCGGACCGGCUCUCCGGGUCAGGCGGCCGCGAUGAACCCGGUGAAUGCGACGUCGCUGUACGUGUCUGCGAGCCGCUCGGUGCUGCAGUGCGACCCGCGAGACCCCCGCGCCCUGGCCGAGCUUUGCAAGCUGCUGCCCUUCUUCCGCCAGUCGGUGUCCUGCUUGGUGUGCGGUAACCUGCUGCAGGACCCCGUGGCGCCCACCGACUCGUCGUGUCAGCAUUACGUGUGUCGCGGGUGCAAAGGUCAGCGGAUGCAGCUCAAGCCGUCGUGCAGCUGGUGCAAGGACUACUCUCGCUUCCAGGAGAACCGGCAGCUGUCCCUGCUGGUGCGCUGCUACCGGAAGCUCUGCCUGUACAUCACGCACUCGCCCCUCGCCGCCCACAUCGCCGGCGCCGCCGGUGACUCGCCCGACCUGCGGGCCGUCCUCAACGAGGGCCUCCGGCUGGCCGAGAGCGAGACCGAACCGGAGCCCGACGCGGAGGCGCCGCCUGAGGAAGCGCCGUCUCCCGACGAGGGCGGCGGCGGCGUCAACGGGCUCCACGUUUGCAAUGGACUGGUCACCUCGCCGGAUCCCGGCCGAGUUCUUGUCAAGCAGGAGGACUUUUGCGAGGAGAUCCCCGCGGGGGGGGUGGCGGGCCUUUGUGACAUCGGCGGCUUCGGCGAGGAGCUGAAACACGGCGGGGGGCCGCUGUUGUUGAGCGUCGAGGAGGUUCUUCGGACUCUAGACACGGACGCCGAGCCCGACGACCCCCAGACACCUCUGUCCGUUAACGGGCCCCUCUGCCCCGCCCUCCCCCUGGAGAGCAGCUGUCACCCCGUCCGCCCUCACCCGCAUCCCCCCGCUCAGUCCCUCGCUGUGCCCCCACGAGGACCCCCUCGCUGCCACCGCAAGCGCUCCCGCUCGGAAAGUGACAGCGAGAAGGUGCGGCCUCUCCCCAUCGACAGCCUCCUGCGGGGACCCCCUCCCGACAGCGCCCCCCGCUUCCCCCGCCUUGACGCCACCCCUAUAUACGACUUCCCCGCCGACACGCCCCACUAUCACCUGGCGCCCGUGCCGAACGGUGGACCCCCCAAGGGGGGCAAGUUCCCGCCGGGGUCCUGCAAGCCGCCAAAGAAGACGGGGGAGCACCACGGGGGCGCCAAGAAGGCCAAGGCCAGGGCCCCCAAACCCCGCUCGCAGGCCCGUGGACCCCCGAACCCUCACGCUCACCCCCUGAGUCACCCGCCCAGCCCCUCCAAGCCGCUGUACAAGAAGCCCGUGGAGAAGAAGGGCUGCAAGUGUGGCCGGGCAACCCAGAACCCCUCUGUGCUCACCUGUAGGGGGCAACGUUGUCCAUGCUACUCCAACCGCAAGGCGUGUCAGGACUGCAUCUGCCGCGGCUGCCAGAACUCGUACAUGGCGAACGGCGAGAAGAAGCUGGAGGCCUUCGCCGUGCCCGAGAAGGCCCUGGAACAGACGCGCCUGACACUGGGCAUCAACCUCACCAGCAUCGCUGCCGCCGCCCUGCGGAGCCCGCCCGGCGCCCCGCCCGGCACCGCCCUGCUCAACGUGGCCGCCGCCACGGGCUCGCCAGUCGCCACCGCCUUCCUGUCGGCGGCGGGCCACGACAGCCGGGCUUUUGACGACUCGCUGGAGAUGCACUUUGACUGUUGACUCUCUGCCCCCACGCCCCCCUGAGAACUCGGCACCCCUCUCACACACAUUCCCGUCGGCUCACCCGGUACGCGGCGGGCACGCCGCUCCCCCGUCACACGUUCGUCUCUCACGCCGCCGCCGUUCGCUUCGUCAUCAUUACUGACUGGUGUAAUUUAUAGCAAUGAAUGUUUUAUACAUAAAUCCACGUGGAAGACAUUUUAGGAUCUAUUUUAUGACUCCAGUCUUUGACACGGCAGCAUGGUGAGGUAGUGGUUAGCACGUCUGCCUCACAUUUCAAAGAUUCUGGGUUCGGAUCUGGACUUCCUGUGUGGAGUUUGCAUGUUCUCCUCCCCACGUGCCAAAAACAUGCAUGUUGGGUUAAUUGAAGAUUCUAAAUUGGCCGUAGGUGUGCGAGGGCGUAUAUUUUGGGGCAAGCGAGGCAGGAAGUUAACUCAUUCACUGCCACCCUUCCCAGUUAACAGGGAUAUUUGACUUCUAAAGCCGUCAAUGGCAGUGAAUGUGUUAAACAAAAAUAUGACAGGAAGUGAACAAAAAAUACUCCACCAGCUUACAUGUGAAUUUACUUUUGGUCUUUCUCCUCGAGGCGUUAGCGUACUGGUUCAGGGGCUCCCUGUGUUGUUGUUUUUCCCCUCAACAACUUGCUGCUAAAAGGACAAAGAAGAAGUUGAUUUGUUUUUAAAAUGUGCGUUUACGACUAUUUAUUGGAGUUCUUCUGAGGGUCGCUGUCUUAGCGUUUAGUGUCUGGUGUCCCCCAACGCUUUUGGUUCACUCCCACCCAUCACCACCAACGCCACCCUAGUAGGGGCAUUUGAAUACCUGUAAUAUAACUGUAUCAUAUUUCCACAAAAGAAAGAAAAUCAAACAGUUGAAAGU